CAUUGGAUCUUCAUCAUCUCGCGGUGUGCAUUUUCUUUCUUCUCGAGGAGAAAAACACUAAAGGCUCAUACAAAGACACUUUGCGGAUCUCAGCAUCAAGAAACUGCAUGUUGCGUAGCUUCAGCUCCUUCCGAAUGGCCGAACAAGCAGCGAAACGCCUCAAGAUGUCUACUCUUACCAUUGGAACCCACAAUGGCCACUUCCACGCGGAUGAGGCCCUCGCCGUGCACAUGCUCCGCCAGCUGCCCGCCUACGAGGGUGCCAGCCUGAUCCGCACGCGCGACCCCAAGCUCCUCGAGACGUGCCACACCGUCGUCGAUGUCGGUGGUGAGUACGACGCCGAGAAGAACCGCUACGAUCACCACCAGCGCGGCUUCACGACGACCUUCCCCGGCCGCUCGACCAAGCUGUCGAGCGCCGGCCUCGUCUUCCUGCACUUUGGACGCGCCAUCAUCGCCCAGAAGAUGGGCACCGCCGAGGACAGCCCCGACGUGGCCCUGCUGCACAACAAGUUCUACGAGUCCUUCAUCGAGGCCCUCGAUGCCCACGACAACGGCAUCUCCGUGUACGACCCCGCCGCCGUCUCGGCCGCGGGCCUCGAGAAGCGCUUCAGCGAGGGCGGCUUCACCCUCGGCGCCAUGGUCGGCCGCUUCAACGGCAACUGGAACGACCCCGUCAUUGCGGACCCCGAGCAGGCCCAGGCCGCCGAGGACAAGCGCUUCGAGGCCGCCUCGGCACGCAUCGGCGAGGAGUUUGACCGCGACCUGCAGUACUACGCCAAGGCCUGGCUGCCCGCGCGCGCCGUCGUCAAGGCCGCCUUUGACGCCCGCGCCCAGCACGACCCCGAGGGCCGCAUCCUCGUCUUUGACGGCGUCAGUGCUCCCUGGAAGGACCAUCUCUACUCGCUUGAGGAGGGCAAGCCCGCCGUCCUCUACGUCCUCUACCCGGAGAAGCCCGUCCCUGGCGCCAAGUGGCGCGUGCAGACCGUCCCCGUGACCAAGGACUCGUUCCAGAGCAGGAAGCCCCUGCCGGAGGCCUGGCGGGGGUUCCGCGAUCAGGAGCUCGACGGCAUCGCCGGCAUCGAUGGCUGCGUCUUUGUCCACGCCGCCGGCUUCAUCGGCGGCAACGCCACCUUUGAGGGCGCCCUGGCCAUGGCCACGAAGGCCCUCACCUCGUAA